GCGGAGAGCAGGCAUGGCCGCGCAGGCUCCCGGUGGAGCAGCGUGCCCGCAGGUGGCCCAGAUGUCCCUGUGGACCGUGGUGGCGGCGGUCCAAGCCCUGGAGAGGAAGGUGGACUCUGAGGCCACCCGGCUGCUGGGCCUGGAGGGGCGCUCGGGGCUGGCGGAGAAGAAGCUGAGGGUCUGCGAGCAAAGGGUGCUGGAGCUGGGCGGGCAGCUGGAGGGGAAGUGGGGCGCGCUGGGCACCCUGAUCCAGGAGUACGGGUCGUUGCAGCAGCGCCUGGAGAACAUGGAAAACCUGCUGAAGAACAGGAACUUCUGGAUCCUGCGCCUGCCGCCAGGCACCAAGGGGGAGAUCCCACAGGUGCCGGUGACGUUUGACGACGUGUCUGUCUACUUCAGCGAGCAGGAGUGGGAGAGCCUGGCCGCCUGGCAGAAGGAGCUGUACAAGCACGUGAUGAGGGGCAACUAUGAGACCCUGGUCUCGCUGGACUACGCCAUUUCCAAGCCGGACAUCCUGUCCCGCCUCGAGCGAGGUGAAGAGCCGUGCAUCCGGGACCAGCUGGCAGCGUGGGAUGGACCAGAGAAAGGAAGCCAGGAGAAGGAAGGAUGGGUGGCAGGUGGGACCCAUGCAGUCCCCGGCACAGUAGGAAAUGCCGUUUCCAAGCCUGACGUCCUCCCCCGGGCUGCUGGAGCAGAGGAGCUGCAUGUCAGGGACCGGGGAGGUGCAGAGCGAGAGACCCCUGCAGAGCCCAGCACGGCGUCUCCUGUUCCCACGUCGGACGCUUUAACCUGGAUCAAACGGGAGGCAGCGCCGGGUGCAGGUCUGCGGGAUGCAGAGGAGAGAGGAAUCCCGCCAGGCCCCGGAGCAGCUGGCAGCGGGGCGACCAGCCAAGGGCAGGACCAGCGGCAGGAGGGGCACUCGGACACACCGGUGAAAUCGGAGGAGGAGGCAUCCCCACGGAGCCUCCAGGCACAGGGUGCAGCCCAGAGCAACCCAGUGCCACCCACCAUCACCCGGGUGGAGAAAUCCACCCAGUGCGGGAGGGACUUCGGCCUCUUCAAGGGCUUCGUCCUGCAGGGUGGGGAGAAGCCAUUUGCCUGCGGGGAGUGCGGGAAGAGCUUCCGGCUGAAGGGCAACUUCGCGAAGCACCUGCGGAGCCACGCCAAGGUGCGUCCCUACCAGUGCACCGAGUGCGAGAAGAGCUUCAACUGCCAGUCGGAGCUGCGGCGGCACCAGAUGAUCCACCGUGGGGAGAAGCCGUACCCGUGUGGCGAGUGCGAGAAGCGCUACAGCCGCAAGGUCUACCUGCUCAACCACUUGCGCGUGCACACAGGCGAGCGCCCCUUUCCCUGCCCGGACUGUGGCAAGCGCUUCCGCCAGAAGGCCGUGCUCGUCUCCCACCAGCGCCUGCACACCGGGGAACGCCCCUACCGCUGCGGCCAGUGCGGGAAGAGCUUCACGCAGCAGUCCAAGCUCACCAACCACUACCGCACCCACACAGGCGAGCGCCCCUACAAGUGCAGCCAGUGCGACAACAGCUUCAGCGAGAAGUCCAAGCUCAACAGCCACUACCGCGUGCACACGGGGGAGCGGCCCUACAAGUGCGCCCAGUGCGACAAGAGCUACUGCCGCAAGGAGUACCUGCUCAACCACCAGCGCCUGCACACGGGGGAGCGGCCCUUCCAGUGCCCCGACUGCGGCCGCAGCUUCAUGCUCAAGAGGAGCUUCGUCAAGCACCAGCGCAACCAUGCCAAAGAGCGGGGCGGCCCGGUGGAGCCCCAGGGGAGCAGCGCCAGGGAUGGCUCGGCAGGGAAGGAGGAGUCGGAGGGACGGCAACUGCCCCGGUGCAGCACCUGUGGGAAGAGCUUCCAGGACGUGGAGUCGCUGAAGGAGCAUCAGGCACUGCACAGCGCAGAACGAGGGCAUCCGGAGGGGUCCGAAGCUCCCGGGCAGGAUGCCGAGGCCAAGCUGCUGGUUGUGAAGGUGGAAGAGAUAACAGGAAGCCCAGCAGCAAGGCUAGGAGGGCGUCGAGUGAGCCCACCUCUGCUGGGGAGAGGAUACCCCUGGGAGGCAGGUGGGACGGUGGGUGAAGAGCACAUUGUACGGGAGACGCUUGACCAUGCCUGGCUUGGCGAGACUGCAUCUCAGCUGCACAAGGUGCAGGAGUGGAACGUGGAGGCGCAGCAUCUCAUGGCCCUGCAGCCGCCCCUGCUGCCCGAGCGGGCGCACGUGCGGGAAGCACAGCUGCACACGGCCGAGGCGUCCCUCUGGACCGUGGUGGCCACCGUGCAGGCCCUGGAGAGGAAGAUCGACGUGCUGGCCGCGCGCCUGCUGAGCCUGGAGGGGCGGUCGGGCACGGCCGAGAAGAAGAUCGUGGACUGCGAGAAGACCGCCAUGGAGUUCAACAACCAGCUGGAGAGCAAGUGGGCCGUGCUGGGCACCCUCAUCCAGGAGUACGGGCUGCUGCAGCGGCGCCUGGAGAACAUGGAGAACCUGCUCAAGAACAGGAACUUCUGGGUCCUGCGCCUGCCGCCCGGCGCCAAGGGCGAAGUGCCCAAGAUGCCCGUGACGUUUGUGGACAUCGCUGUGUAUUUCUCGGCGGAGGAGUGGAAGAACCUGGAGGAGUGGCAGAAGGAGCUGUAUAACAACCUGGUGAAGGAGAACUACGAGUCCUUGAUCUCGCUGGGCAGCUCCCUUUCCAAAGCCGAUGCGCAGCUGAGGCCGGAGCGAGGGGUGGAGCCGUGCAUCCCACAGCAGCCGGAGCUGGAGCAGAGACCCAUCCCUGUGGACCAUUGUCCAGACCCCCUGGUCUCCACACCUGAUAUCCUAUCGCGGAUCAAACAGGAGGCGGCCUUUGUUGCGGAGCAUCAGUUCCCAGAGGACAGAGGACUCCCCCCUGACCCCUGUGCAGGAGCUGAUGCUCUGAUUUCUGCGCACGACUUCUUAUCCUGGAUCAAGCAAGAGGAGGAGCCAUGUGUCAGGGAGCCGUGGGAGCUGGCUGAGCGAGAGAUCCUGGCGGGUCCCGUCCCAGGCAACGGGCUCAUGGUGAAGGCAGAGGAGAUGCGUCACCGCCAGGAGGCCCCGUGCGACCUGGGGCUGCCGCCGGGGACCUGUGGAGAUGCCCUGUUCCCCGGCUCAGCCUACGCCAGCCAGGAGGCCUCGGGCUUGCCACCGGCUCCUCCUGCCGAAUGCAGACUGGGUAAAUCUCUCCCCUCGGCCAGUGGGACAAGCGAGUUCCCAGGCACCCCCGCUGCUCGGGGCACAGGCGCGGCAGGGGUGGAGCGGCCGCACAGCUGCAACGAGUGCGGGAAGACCUUUAGCGUGAAGAAGAGCCUGCGCAUCCACCAGCGGAGCCACGCCAAGGAGCGCCCCUACGAGUGCACGGAGUGCGGCAGGAGCUUCAAUUGCCACUCGGGGCUGGUGCGGCACCAGAUGAUCCACCGCGGCGAGAGGCCCUACCAGUGCGGGGACUGCGGCAAGCGCUACAGCCGCAAGGAGCACCUGCAGAACCACCAGCGCCUGCACACGGGCGAGCGCCCCUUCCAGUGCGCCGCCUGCGGCAAGAGCUUCAUCCGCAAGCAGAACCUCCUCAAGCACCAGCGCAUCCACACGGGUGAGAGGCCGUAUCAGUGCGGGGACUGUGGCCGCAGCUUCCGCUACAAGGAGUCCCUGAAGGACCAUCGGCGGGUGCACGGCGCCGAGCCGGGGCCGCCCCGCAGUCUCCCGCAGGCCCUGGGCAGUGAUGGUGCCAUCCCCAAGCCUUGUCUCCUGCCCUGGACGGAAAGCAGGGAAGAGCCGCGUGUCGGGGACCGGGGGGGCUUAGCAGAGAGAGAGACAGAGAACACUGCACGACCCAGAACAGACCCUCUGAUUUCCAUAGCUGGCGUCCCGUCCCAGAGAGAGCCAGGGGAGGAGGAACGUGCCGGGAAUCCACAGCACCCGCAGGAACGGGAUGUGUCGGCUCUUGGUGCCGGAGGCCUGGAGGUCGUGGUCAAAGUCGAGGAGCAGAGUCCUGACGAGCGUCCGGCAGGCAACGAGCAGGCUGGGGUGCCGUCUGGAGAGACGGCUUCCCGCAGCCUGCAGGGCAGAGAGGCCGGUGAUCGCCUGGCGCCCGACGAUCGAGGCGAAUCCCUUCAGCGUCCGGUCCUACCCCCACAGCCAGCAGACCCGAAAAUCUCGCGGGGGGCUGAGCUGGGGCCUAUGGGCACCUCGUGGAGCUGCGGCGAUGCGGGGGAGCCACGUCCUUCUGCUCUGGCGGCGUCAACGCCCCCAGCUGGGAAGCCGCCGGCUUGCACCCAGUGCGGCAAGUCCACGCCGCUCCUGCACCAGAGCCCCCACGGCCCGGCGAAGCCCCACCAGUGCUCCCAGUGCAGCCAGAGCUUCCACCACCCGUCCCGGCUCAACUCGCACUCCCGCGCCCACAGCGGGGAGCGCCCCUACACCUGCGCCCAGUGCGGCAAGGGCUAUGGGCGGAAGGAGCACCUGCAGAACCACCAGCGCCUGCACACGGGCGAGCGCCCCUUCCCGUGCGGCCAGUGCGGCAAGCGCUACAGCCGCAAGGAGUAUCUGCAGAACCACCAGCGCCUGCACACGGGCGAGCGCCCCUACGUGUGCCCCGCGUGUGGCAAGAGCUUCAUCUGCAAGCAGAGCCUCCUCAAGCACCAGCGCGUGCAGUGCGGCGAGCGCCCCUACCAGUGCGGGGACUGCGGCCGCUGCUUCCGCUACAAGGAGUCCCUCAAGGAGCACCAGCGGGAGCAUGGCGCUCAGCCGCGGGAGCGCGGCACUCAGCCGCGGCAGGCGCCGGCCCGGGCAGCCGGCGCCCAGCCCGGGGCAGGGGUCGGAGGCUGA